UACUUGGUGUUUGCACCAGACAGGACCUGUUUUCAUUCACAGUCUUGCUGGUGAUACUCUACUAGCUGGUGAAGGACUAUUUAAUAUCCAAACGUUACAUUACAUUUAAUCUAUUUAAAUAAACCUCGACGCUUCACUUCAAUGCAAACUCACUUUUCAAAACUAGCCGUUAUUCAACCCUUAUCUUCCACACACUCAAACACUCUCAACUCUUAAACACUGUCUGUCUAUGGCGACCUCAAUCGACGCACCUUCUCCUCCUCCUCUUCCGCCCAUGAAACAGGAUGAUGAUACAAACGUUGUUAAUUCUUCUUCUUCUCCGCAAUUUAGUCCAUCUUCCGGUAAACGAAUCUGGAGUACUCUUCGUAGUAGAAUGGAUUCGCUUCUCGAUAAUCCUCAACCCAGAAUUUCUGAUUCACAUCACCCAUCCACCUCUACGGAUCACAUCCCUUCGAAUGAACUAGGCAACAGAAACCGAUUGAAGGAAGAUUCUUUGUUACUCAUAAGAGGGUUUGGUUCAGUUUCUCAUACACUCUCUCUUUUGUCUAAUAAUUUGGAUAAUGCAUUACAUAGUACCAGAGAAUUGGGGAAACCACCUACGUUAACUGAUGUGUUCCAAAGCAAAAUUGUUGAGUUAGAAUAGAAAGAUGAUUCAGAAGAGAAAGAGUCAAAGAAAGGAG